CAGGCCUUGUCAUUGAGCUUGACACAGUAAACACCUGCUUGUGGCACAUCUCACUCCCUCACACACACGAUCGGUAUCAUGCAGGGCAUUCUAUCAACAAAGUACUCAAUGGCCGCCGUUGCAUGGACGUACGCACUACGCUUGUCUUCACGGUCGUUCGCAUCGAGCGCUGCCAGGUGGCAGGCAGUGGCUGCGGAGAAACCGGUGUUGCAGAAAGAGUUCAAGAUUUACCGUUGGAACCCGGAUGAAUCAGACAAGAAACCUAUGUUACAGUCUUACACCAUUGAUCUCAAUCAAACAGGGCCAAUGGUCUUGGAUGCACUCAUUAAAGUAAAAAACGAGAUCGACCCCACACUCACUUUCCGCCAUCCUUGUGCAAUGAACAUCAACGGGCAGAACACCCUCGCUUGCUUAUGCCGGAUUGACAGAGAUGCCAGCAAGGAUGUCAAGAUUUACCCGCUCCCUCAUAUGUACAUCGUCAAAGAUCUCGUCCCGGACCUCACUCUCUUUUACAAACAAUACAAAUCCAUCAAACCAUACCUCCGAAACGACAAUCCUCCUGCUCAGGGAGAGUUUUUGCAAAGUCCCGAAGAACGCAAGAAACUUGACGGCCUUUACGAAUGUAUCUUGUGCGCCUGCUGCUCUACGUCUUGCCCGUCGUAUUGGUGGAACCAAGAUGAGACUCGUAUGGACGUCGAGCGCAAAGAAGUCCUACAGAACGAAAUGAGCCUUUAUCGCUGCCAUACCAUCUUCAACUGUGCGCGUACUUGCCCAAAGGGCCUCAACCCCGCCGAGGCCAUUGCGAAGAUCAAGCUCGAGCUCGCAGCGGAGUAGCAACAAUUAUGAUGUCGCGUUUAUCGUGCCCUGUUCUAGUGUCUUACGUUCACGCGGGUACUACGUUUAGGUAAAGCUGUAUCAAUGUGGAUACGUUCUAGUACAUAGUGGAGAA